AUAGCUGGCGCGAAAAUUGGAGAGGUCUCAAAAACAAGCCCAUAUGUAUCGUGUCCCUCUUCAACCCUCGAACGAAUAGUCAAGGCAGCCGUGAAAGAAGUGGGUAAAUCACUCAGAGCCAUGGACAUAAUUCAAGCGAUAUUGGUGUGGGCUUCUGAUAAUCCCACUAAUCAGACGCCUGCACUGCUGCUAAGAGAAAUUCCCAUUGAUGACUUACUGGAUGAAGAAGUUGAUGUACUGCGUGAUAUUGCCAAUGAGUACGAUCUUGAACAACUGGCUGAUGAGAUUUUCAACCUGCACUACAGCGUAAAAUUACUGCCAAUUUCUCGGAUAGAUUUCGUAUCUGAGAAAGUCGUAGAAUUCGCUGAGAACGACAGGCCAAUCCGAGGAUGCAGAAGAGAACAUCGAUUGACAGCUGGUAAAAAUGUACUGGACACGGAAAACAAUCAGGAAAAUAUUCUUGCCAGCGAACAACAGGCAGGUGUGAGAGCGGAGAUGACAGCAGAAGAUCGCCAAGCUCUGUCGAACAUAGUUGGGACUUCGAAAAUCCAUUUCGGCACUAUACCUCUCGAGAAAACUUGCAACGAUUUACGAAUUGAGAUCAUCUACCAAGGAUCUAGAGAAGCAGCCAGAGACGAUCCAGUCAAGCUUUACUUUGAUGUCGAAGUCGAUGCACCAAACUAGAGCCAAGAAAUUCAUCUAACAAUUUUUCGAGUAAAAGUUUUACCAUACUGAUUCCCAC